GCGGGGGGGCAGUCGGUCAAGGGCACCAUUGCAACCAUGGCGACGGUGCAGGCUCUCUUCCGCGAUGCUAACAUGACAGAGGCCGACAAGGCCCGCCUCGUGGAUAACUUGUCGUCGCAGAUGAAGGAGCUCGAGCUCCAGCUCCCGUCGUCGGCGGGCAUCGCGAAGAUCAGCAGUUUGCUAUCGAAAGCGAAGGAG